AUUCCGCCACUGGUCACACGACACGAAAAAUCACGUGAUCGUAGAGAACCGAUAGUCGAUUCCGCCAUUACUGGAGUUAACUGAGAGAAGAUUCAUUCCCAAGGUAUUAUUCAUUCUGCAUUUGACUUAGUAAUAUGUUUAAUACUUAAAAUUAAAGAAAUUAAUAUUAUAUAUAUGUUUGGGGUGUUGAAAAUCUAAGUUAAUUAGGAGAAAAAUUAAUCUCCCUUUAUAGUUGACUCGCAUGUCCAGUCACCGCACCGGCUGAACAAAAAAAAGUUUCAGUAAUAAUAUAUUUGUGAAGAAUGACUAAUUUCUCUAUAUUGUAUUAAGAUUUGAAAAACAAUCUUAAGAUAAAUAGACAAAAAUUUCAGUAGAGGUCAUAAGGAGACACCUCGCCGUAUUCAUUAAAAGGAUUUCCGGGUUAAUAAAACACGAACUAUUUGAUGCUGAUAAGCCACGCCCGCAAAAAUAGUAAAAUAGUUUUUUCUCAGACAGAUUCUCGAACAUAUUACAUCAUGUCGUGGGAAAGCUACGUGGACAAUAUGAUUGCCCAUUCGAUUCAGAAUGCCGAUAAAGGUGCUAUUAUAGGAUUGGAUGGGGGAAUUUGGACGCCACACUCUGGACAACAAAAUAUCCUUGAACUUUCAGGAGAAGAAGCCCAAACAAUUGCAAGGGUUAUCCAAAGUGGUGACGUAUCUGCUUUCCAAGCAAAUGGAUGCAAAGUUGAAGGCGUUAAGUAUAAUUUUUUGAGAGAAACCGUCGGGCUAUACAUUUUCAAGAAAAAGGAGCAUGGAGGAUUAUCUAUGGCGAAAACUACCAAAGCCGUCGUUAUUGGGCAUUACGCCGAAGGAAAGACCCAUGAACAAGUCAAUCUCGGAGUCGCGAAGAUUUCCGAGUAUAUGAAGUCACUAAAUUUUUAG